AUGGAAUUUGGGGACAUCCUGCGAGUGUGUGCCGAGUGCGACGAGGUCAACGUCCCACUACGACGGGCAGAGAAGCGCUUCCUGAACGACCUGAACCAAAAAGUUCGAUACCCGCCGCCAAAGAAGGAGGUGGUGCGGACGCCAGCAGACAAAGCCCUGGUUCUCCUCCAAGCUGCGCUCGGAGGCCUUCACCUCGAUGACUGGACCUUGAGGGGCGAACAGACCGCCAUGCUCGACACGUCCGCGAGGCUGCUCGGCUGCUGUGCGGAGUCGCUCGCGGUCGCCGGCAGGGGCGGGGGGUUGGGCUGCGCCGUGUCCCUACGGCUCAUGCGCUCAGUCCGCCUCAGGCUGUGGAUGGAUGCCGAGCGAGGGCAACUAAAGCAGCUUCCCGGGGUGGGUGAUACCAUGAGCGGGCGUCUGGAGGCUAGUGGGAUCAUCACGCUCACCGAUUUAGGCCGUUCGACUUCGGUCAACGUCGACGCCAUCACCGGUCGCAAGCACCCGUUCGGAAACGGCAUUCGCCACGCCGCUCUACAGCUGCUGUCGAGGGCCCUGACAGCCAGCGUGUCGCGUCGGCAGAUGGGUGACGGGAGGCAGGAACUGCAGGUUCGAGUCGAACCGGCGUUCCAGACAACGGACCCAUUCUCCGACGGAUACAUUGAGCCCCCCGAUGAUGCAUAUGCCCCCCCACCGACUGGCUGGAGGCGGAAUGACACCAACUUCCAACUUGUCGUGUACCACGACGGCCAGGUGUUGUUCAGCAUUGUAUACUGUCGAUGGUACGUGGGCGAAAUCUUAUUAACGCGUCCGGACAUUAUUAUUCGGAUGACGCGGCAAGGUCAGGAAUCGCCUUCAUCAUCCUCGCCUCUGAUGCUCUUCCGCAAGAUCAAUAGGGAGGGCAUACACAGCGCCACCCUCCCUGUCGAGGCCAUCGAGAAGGACGUUACUAUUCACCUCUGGCUCAUCUGCUCCGGGGUAUGCGGCAUGGACGUUGCAGAUGUCAGGUGAUGGGGCCAUGACAACAACAUAGAUCUCUGUUUUAGGUUUCUCAUCUCCCCUCGAGAAUGUUCCGGCGGUAACCGUGUCGCUAUCUUGUCUCUGUGUGAUAUAAAGGUGGACAGGGUUAUCUACCAAUAGUGUUGAAUUAAUAACGUCUUGUAUGAUUCCAUAGGUCGUGUGUGCGAGUCUGUGUGCGUGUGUGUGAUGCUAGUUUACUUCCCCGAACAUUAGCGCAACGCAGCCAAGCAAACCAAGUCACAACAUUCGCUUCAUUUCGCCAGCUUUUCAUCUACACGACUCGCUUUCCCGGAGCGGAUGCAAUACGCCCUCCCCGUUUCGCCUAGGUUUGGUGCAAUCAUUAACGUGCACACGUUUUGUCUGGCCAUAGACGACAUCGCACAAACCACUGAAUACAUCUUUUUUCACCUUUAUAGGAUACCUAUGCCUACCUGGGAUACCUUCAUACCCGAGCUUUGUGUUGUGUUAUUAUUAUUUUGUUUGCCUUCCGACAAUUGCAGAUGUACCUCAGAAAACUUUCACUUCGUGUCUCAUACUCUACAUGAAGAUUAAACCAAUACGAAGUACAACAACAUAUGUAGGACUAAUUUCUACUGUCACUUACAUCGUAAAAAAAUCUCCUCUUCAAUUUGAAAUAAAACCAAUAACAAUCCUCAUGGUAUCCUACGUGCGUUCGUAAGCUUGCUAAAAUACUACUGCGUUGAUGUCCUCUUGGAAAAGCUGAAAUCCAACAAAUGCUUUGAUCCAUGCUACAUCUCCGUGUUGGAAAAGCCCUUUCUUAUCCGUUCAUGAUAACAUCUUGCCCUAUUCUACGCAAAUCUGUCACAUCUACUCUCAAACAAGACGCCAACUUCAAACGAAAACGCGUUCUACGAUGCAUCUACACUCCAUCCCCAUAUCAUUGGCGUUGACUGGUUCGAGGUCGAUCUUGUUUGCCUGUUUUC